UUCACUAGUUCUGCCUCAGCGACACGAGAGGAGUGUCUUGUGUCGUUUGUUCACUCACUACCAACGUUAAACGAGUUCUGUUAGAAAGUAAUUACUAUACUUUAAUGAAUAUAGCAUUUAUUCCGUGUUUGUAUGUUAAGCAGUCUAAUCCUUUAUAUUAGUACCUUACUUGACAAAAGAAUUCGGUAUGGAAACUGAGCAGAUUUCUUCCAUGUUGGAUCUUGGAACAACCAAAAGUUACAAAAUUCCUGUUGAACAUCUGGACUACAGUUUUAUUGAGAAGUGCACAGAUGUCCGCCAUUUGGAAAAGAUACUAGUGGUAUUAAGGUCUGGUGAAGAGGGGAUUUAUCCUGCCCUGACUGAGUUUUGUGAAAAGAAAAUAGAAAGCUUGGAUCCAAGAAGCCGAGCUCUUCGAAAGGAAAAGCCUCCAGCAACUGCUGCUAGUUUUAGUUCGGAUGAGUGGAGAGAAAUUAUGUGCGAUUUAAAGAGUUGGUCAAAAGAAAUUAAUCAAAGAGAAACUGAACUUAAACACCAAUCAGUCCUGGAUAACUCUGAAAAUGUGCCACCUGUGCGUGGAUCAAACGUCUUUGUUCCCUCCAAGCAAAAUAAAAUCAACAAGGGAAAAACUUCAAAAAACAAAGUUGUUCCUAGGGAAUACAGUGAGUGGGAUAAAUUUGAUGUUGAAAAGGAAUGUGCUAAAGUUGAAGGAUGCAACAAGGAAAAAAGCUCUCCAGGACUAAUCAAUCAUGGAUUGCCUAAAAUUAAAAGAAAAAUAGAUACAACAGGUUUGACUGACAAAGAAAAAAACAUAAUUGCAAAUCGAGAAAAAGAUAAAGGAAAUGAGUUUUUCAAUGCUAAGGAUUAUGAAGAUGCUGUGGUAUAUUAUACAAGGAGUAUUUCAGUGAUUCCUUCAGUGGCUGCCUACAACAAUAGGGCUCAAGCAGAAAUCAAACUUCAGCGCUGGAACAAUGCCUUCAAUGACUGUGAGAAAGUACUGGAACUGGAACCAAAUAAUAUGAAAGCCCUGUUGAGACGUGCCACUGUAUAUAAACAUCUGGGUAAGGUUAAGGAAGCUGCUGAUGACUUGAAGAAAGUUCUGCAAGCUGAGCCAGAAAAUGUCAUGGCAAAGAAACUGCUGCAUGAAACCGAAGGGAACAAAGAUAUGCAAUCAAAAAAACAACCUAAAGGAAAAAGAAUCCUUAUACAAGAGGUAGAGGACUUGGAUGACGAAACAGAGACAGAAUCUUGCCUGCUUGUGGGUGGGGAGAGUGCUGCUGAGAAGGGUGAAAUGGGGAAUGCACAGAGAAAGUUUACUGGCAGAGGAGAUGGUGGACCACAAACUGAAGAGAAAUCUCCAUCCACCGCCAAGAAGGCCCAGACGAAGAGAAGGAGCUCGGAAAAAGGCAGUUAUCAGGGGGCUAAAGAACAAGGGCAGGUCAAUGAAUUCCAGAGGAAUGAGAGCUUUGCAGGUGAUCAGACAAGUCCCAGUUCAUCAGGUACUGACAGCAGCAGGCCCGAUGUGCCGGUAGACUCAGGGGCUCUGCCUCCUGAUAUUGCCAGGCUGAAAAGUCAAGGCAAUGAGCUUUUCAAGAGCGGACAAUUUUCUGAAGCACUGCUUAAGUACACACAAGCCAUCAGUGACUUCACAGAGGCCGAGAUAGACAGUCCUGGAGAUCUGAGCAUUUUGUAUUCAAACCGAGCAGCAUGCUUCCUAAAGGAUGGGAAUUGUAGUGAUUGUAUUCAGGACUCUACCAGAGCCUUGGAGCUUCAGCCUUUCUCUGUCAAGCCUCUUCUUCGGAGAGCAAUGGCUUAUGAGUCACUAGAGCGUUACCGGCAAGCCUAUGUGGAUUAUAAGACUGUUCUCCAGAUUGACAGUGGGGUACAGUCUGCCAAUGACAGCGUCAACAGGAUUACAAGACUGUUGAUAGACCAAGAUGGCCAUAACUGGCGAGAGAAACUUCCUGAUAUCCCAGCAGUCCCACUGUCUGCUCAGCAGAACAGAUGGGAAGGCACCUCGGCAAACUAUGAACAAACACAGCAAAAAACUAAAGGAUCUGGUGGCUCUAAACCUGUGCAGGACACAGGUAAAAAAACAGAAGCUCUUUUCCUGUCACAUAAACAAGAAGGAAAUGAUUUUGUGAAGAAGGGCCAGUAUAAAGAUGCCCUUGGAAAGUACACUGAGUGCUUGAAGUUAAAAUCAAGUGAAUGUGCAAUUUACACAAACAGAGCCCUAUGUAACUUAAAACUAAAUCAAUAUGAAGAGGCCAAACAGGACUGCGAUUCUGCACUGCAGUUAGAACCUUCCAAUAUGAAAGCAUUUUACAGAAGAGCCAUGGCUCACAAAGGGUUGCAGAACUAUGCUUACUGCAUGGAUGACUUGAAAGAAGUCCUAAGAUUGGACCCGAAGGUUGCCGAGGCAGAGAAGGAACUGCAGGAGGCAGCUGAACUAUUUAGCAAGCAGAGUGUUGCUCCCGAUAGCCAGGAGAAGCAGAGGAAGAAAAUCCAGAUACAAGAGGUCAAUGACAGUGAUGAAGAGGAAACAGAAAAUACACGAGACAAAAGUGAUGGAAAAGAGGUCAACCGUCAUGUUGGCACAGGAGAUAAUCAAAUCAACCACUGUGGUUCUGAAAACAUGUUCCCCUUACAGCCCACAAAUGCCUAUGAGUUCGGACAAGCCUUAAAUGCGGUGAAAUCUAAGGAGGACAUUGCUGCCUGCGCAAAACUUCUCUGCAGUGUGGAACCAGAGAACCUACCAUCACUGAUGAGCAAUAAAUUAGAGGUAGACAGCUUUACCAUAAUCAUUCAGGCACUGGACAACCAUCUCCUUCAGAAGGACCCUACUCUGGUGUAUCGUCAUCUAGUCCAUCUGCAUGAAGCAGAAAGGUUUAAGAUGGUGUCAUUGCUCUUGGGGAAAACUGAAAAGGAACAAGUAAAGCAACUGUUUGAUCAUCUCUCAACAGUGGAAAGUGUACAAUUUACAUCAGACGACAUUCAGAAUCUUGCAAAACAUUAUUUAUUUUAAUAAAAAAGUACCAAUCUGCAUGCAUUAACUAGACUUGGAUCUAUGCAAACAGUAUGGCUUAUAUCCUGCUACAGCUCCCUUAACUGUACAGCAAAUAAAAAAGACUUAAAAUUGCACCUCAAUAUUUAUUGUUUCAUGUUAAAAAAUAUAUAACUCCUUUAUAUAGAAAGGGGUCUUAUUUAAUUUUGCGAUGCACAUAUUAUUUUUCCAUUUAGGAGAUUUUUACAUUAUAGCUUAUGUAUUUUCAUGUUUUCGUGGGACUUUGUAUUGGUCUGGGUAGUUUUGCUUCAGUUUACAGUUUGUCCUGUUCAUUAAUACAGUACCUGAUUGCUUUCUAUAUAUCAGAUCACCUUUUCUGUUGUAAAAACAAAGGGCUGGUAAAAUGUGUGUUUUUGGAAUGUUUUAGUCAUUAAUGGGAAGUCUGGAGCUUGCUGUCAAAGUUAAGUGCAGAUUCUCACAUGUUUAAGGGUUAUUAAAUCUACCUGUUUCUUUAAGCUGUUUUAAAAAAACAAACAGAAUGCAAUAAUAAAUGGUCUACAAUGUCUAUUUUUUUCUCAAAUACAUAUUACUGAAUUACAGUGAUUGUAAAGAGAAAUGCUGCCAAAUCAGCAUAAUUAACCACAAAGCAGUACAUAUGUGUGCAUUUACACUAUUAAAGCUUUUGAUGGAACAUGUAUUCAAAAUAUAUUGGAGUUAUUUCACUCUGAAACUUCACAUUGUAUAUGUAGGUCUUCCACUCAGGUUUCUUCUCAGCUGCAAAAUGUAAUUUAUUUUAUCAAGUGGAUGAAUACAAUAUUAACAUAUUAAAUAUCUGUUAUGCAGGUGACUGUAUUUUCCAUUUUUUUCCACUUGGAAUGAAAAUCUAAUGAAUGUACUAAAUUCAGGGAGAUGAGCUUGAUGCAGCAAUUGCAUUGGAGCAAUAAACUGCAUGUUUUAAACAGUA